AUGACAGACGGACCAAGGCAACGGGGCAGCUCAGCAGCGUCUGGCGGGGAUGCUGUCGCGGAGUCCGGGAAUGAGUCCGGAGGAGGGGGGGUGGCUCUGAAGAAAGAAAUCGGUCUCGUGAGCGCCUGUGGAAUUAUUGUUGGUAACAUCAUCGGCUCUGGGAUCUUCGUCAGCCCCAAGGGCGUGAUGGAGAACGCCAGCUCCGUGGGUCUGGCGCUGAUCGUGUGGAUCGUUACGGGCAUCAUCACGGCCAUCGGAGCGCUGUGCUACGCCGAGCUGGGCGUCACCAUCCCCAAGUCGGGCGGCGACUACUCAUACGUCAAGGACAUUUUUGGAGGACUGGCUGGAUUCCUCCGACUGUGGAUCGCCGUGUUGGUGAUCUACCCCACCAACCAGGCGGUCAUCGCCCUCACCUUCUCCAACUACGUCCUGCAGCCCCUCUUCCCCACCUGCUUCCCCCCAGAGAGCGGCCUGCGACUCCUUGCCGCCAUCUGCUUACUGCUGCUGACGUGGGUGAACUGCUCCAGCGUGCGCUGGGCCACCCGUGUCCAGGACGUCUUCACCGCCGGCAAGCUGUUGGCCCUGGCCCUCAUCAUCAUCAUGGGCAUCGUGCAGAUCUGCAAGGGGGAGUACUACUGGCUGGAGCCGGCUCACGCGUUCGAGCCCUUCCAGGAGUACGACGUGGGGCUGAUAGCCUUGGCUUUCCUUCAAGGCUCCUUCGCCUACGGAGGAUGGAACUUCCUGAACUACGUGACUGAGGAGCUGGUCGAUCCCUACGUGAAUCUUCCUCGCGCCAUCUUCAUCUCCAUUCCCCUGGUGACGUUCGUCUACGUGUUCGCCAACAUUGCCUACGUCACCGCCAUGAGUCCUCAGGAGCUGCUUGCGUCCAACGCUGUUGCCGUGACAUUUGGGGAGAAGCUGCUGGGGGUUAUGUCUUGGAUCAUGCCGAUCUCCGUGGCCCUGUCCACGUUCGGAGGAGUCAACGGAUCCCUCUUCACCUCCUCACGGUUGUUCUUCGCCGGAGCCAGAGAGGGUCAUCUCCCCAGCCUCCUGGCUAUGAUCCAUGUGAAGCGCUGCACCCCCAUACCAGCUCUUCUCUUCACGUGUCUAUCCACCCUGCUGAUGCUGUGUACAAGUGACAUGUACACCCUCAUAAACUACGUGGGCUUCAUCAACUACCUCUUCUACGGGGUGACUGUUGCUGGGCAGAUUGUGCUGCGCAUCAAGGAACCCAACCUGCACCGACCAAUCAGAAUCAGUCUGGCAUGGCCAGUGAUCUACCUGCUGUUCUGGGCCUUCCUGCUCAUCUUCUCCCUGUACUCUGAGCCCGUGGUGUGUGGCCUGGGCAUGGCCAUCAUGUUGACCGGAGUCCCUGUCUAUUUCCUGGGAGUCUACUGGGACAACAAGCCUGAAUGCUUCAACACCUUUGUCGCCAAGAUGACCUACCUGGGCCAGAAGUUCUGCGUGGUGGUCUAUCCAGGGGAGACCAAGGGAUCAGAGGAGACAGGGAGCGGGGAGGAGGGCGAGGAGCUAAAGGAGGCCCGGGCUCCUCUCUCACAAGAUGACGGGGAGGCCGAAAAGUCAGCCGCAGACUGCUGAACACAUGGCUCAGUUACCCCCACCCCCGCCACCAACGCCUCAACACACACACGUGCACACACCCGAACUCAGAGAAACACACUCGUUAAGGUAUUGUCAGAGUUCCAGGUAUGUCACGACAGCAGAGAGGAGCAAACUCACACUCACAGACUUGAAAACGGUCUUAGUGACAAAAAAAAAAAUGUCGUUGUUGUUGGUUUUUUUUUUUCAAACAUCUGAUUGUAGCUUGUUUUCAAUCAUCUGUGCUGUUCCAAAAAGAGAGGACACCGAGGAGGAGCGGGUGGCAGGAGGAGGAGGAGGAUAUGAGACCUUUAUCUGGGCAUUAUAUUUCAGGCGGCCACAUUUCAAUGCUUAUUGCAGAAGACAUAAUAUCCUCAGUCAUAUUAUUACCCCCCCCCACCCACCCCCCUUCAUCUUGCUCCUCCUCCUCACACUCUCCCUGAACACUCCAUGAGGAUGACAGCUGGCAGACAUUUUGAAGUACUGCUGCACUGUGACAGAUUCACCAUCAGCAUUGCGUUUGUGUUUUGUGCAAUUUAUACUUUGAAUUUGCAUUGUAUUACUGAAAAACACACCAAAGCUGGAUUUUUUUUUUUUUUUUGAUUGUCGAAACCAUCAGAUUCAGAUCAAUUCAUUUCAUGUUCUAUGUCAAAUACAGUAAAUAUUGUCUGUUUUGUUUUUUGUUUUUUAACAACUUUUAUUGCGAAAUGGUUUUUAUAAUUGUUAUAAUUGUCUAUCAUGUCAUUGUUUAUCAUAUUAGUUUUAUUGUGUUCCUUUUAGUUUGUAUUUUUUCAACAUCAACAAUUUUUGGAUCUGUUUUUUAAGUCUUGCAACAGUGGAAGGUGUUUUGAAAGCUGAUAAGCGAUCUGGUUCAGUGCCUCUCAGAUGCUUGCCUGGCGCAAAAUCAAAAAAAGUUUUAGCUCUUUUUAAUAGCCUUGAUUCUUAUAUAUUCUGUAUUUAGGUAUUGGUAUAUAAUUGUUAUUAUUGAUGUACACAGAUUAUUUUAUUCUGAUAUUUUUAAAGAGAUAAAAUCAAAAUGUUUAUGUUGAAGAAAAAAACAGAGGGUUUGAUUCAGUGACAUCACUGGACAACUGAGAAAGGUUUUAUUAAAGACAAACAAUCAACUCCACAAAUAGACAGUCUGCUCAAUUAAAAAUCUAAAACACAGCCUAAGAAAUGGACAGUCUUAUCAAUGAAAAAUCUAAAACACAGCCUAAGAAAUGGACAGUCUGCUUGCUCAAUGAAGGACUAGAUGCAGACUAAUAAACAGACUUCAUUGUGAGAAUACAACAUAAAACAUAGAAAAGCAUUUUGAGCAGUGUUUUCCACAAACAGACUCACACAAAAAGUCACACACAAAAAUCUGAACCCCCACAUGUGGCUAAGCUUAUUGUGUAAAAAAAAAAAGGUGAUCUGGUUGUGGAUGUAAAUCUGUUUCAAUAAGGUCCUUUGGUAAAUCUCUAGAUGAAUACGCAUCUAUAGUUUUAUCAGUCUGAAAGGUGUCCAGUGUGAUCUCUGGGACACAUUCCUGCGCACUAUUGCAGCUGGGGGUCAAAUCUGGCCCGCUGCUCUUUCAACACGCCAUCUGCUCUGUUUCCCACUCGUUCAAAGUUCACUCUCUUGACUCCGGAACACUGUAGUGAAACACGCUGUAGACAUGUAGAACGCCAUAGAAACCCUUUGCCUUGAUUGUACAGUGACGCCUGUCGUUGAAGUCCUGGUGUCCGUCUGAAUGUGCCCCCGACGCCACAACCCAGAGACAAUGUGUGCGAUGUUGGGGUACUAUAGCGUACUGUACAGGUACCAUGUACCAUCAAUUGUGCUGUGGCCACCGAUACCAACUAUGGCCAACUAUGUUUCACACGCACCUCUUCUAGAGUGUCUGUGACCAGUUUAAGGCCUUCUCUGCAUUCACACUGCCUCUUUUACACAGCCGCCGCAAGCCAGUGAACCCUUUAGAGCUCCUGGGUCUCUAUAGACGGGUGGCUUCAUGUGAAUCUCUCGAUGUUUCUCGCUAACAAGGUGAAGAUGUCAUUGCUCUAGAUGUCUUAAUCUUUUAUACAUUUCUGCACACGGGAUUCCUCUGAAAUCACAUUUACGAUUUCUUUGACAAUAAUUUACGGAUUGUACAGAUACAAAGAAUGUCCUGGAGGCAGUUCAAUAGAGAAUGUUCAAUAAUAAUAAACAGGUUCUUAAACACACACUAUAAAGUUCGACCAAUUUGUACAGAUACAGUUUAUGGUAAGUCAACAGGUUUGUAUGGAGUCAGUGGACUUUAGUCUCUGCAGUGAUUACAGGGGUCAAAGGUCAUGGUUUGGGUUUCCGUGUUGUCCGUGUUAAGCUUUGAAAAGCACAGGCAUCGGGGUCAAAGGUCAAAUUCCAGGCUGACAACGAUAGCAGAGGUUUGCGUCAACAGUUGUCUGUCAUGCCAUCCACAGUGCAGCCAGACAGCAGCCUGCUUAAUCCAAUGACAGGGUUAACUGCUGAUGUGUAGAACCUCUAUUCAGGCUGUGAGAUCUGGCAUGUAAAAGGAAUGUAGUCGGCCUGAAACCCCCGACAUAAUCUAAGUCUUUUAAAGUAGUGUCAUAUGGAUGUGCUGUGCUAUAUAUAUAUAUAUAUAUGACUACAUUAUACAUGUAAUAUUAACUAUAUAUAUUAUACGGUACAUACUGUAUGAAAACUCACCAUGAAGAAAAGUGCUAUGUUUUCUUUAUUUGAAGUGAGUAAUGUUAUCAACAUGACUGUGCCUCGUUAUUCUGUUACCAUCAUCUCAGUCCCCUGAGACCUAAGGGACGUACUAUCACAAAGGAAAUGCAUUGUGAUGCUUAACCAGGUUGGGCGACUUCAUGCGCAUUAUGCUCGCCACACGUUAAAAUCGACAUGGAGCAUUUGUGCAUUACUGCCAAAACAUACCACGGAUAUUUCAUUGCAAUUUCUAUAACGAGAAUGAAUUACAAUUUAAUCAAUGUGUAACCAGUAAGAAGUUAUUAUAACAUGUCAGACAGUUUCAGAACUACUGUCAUUGUUAGUUUUGGCUGGUCAAUAUCUUAUAUCCAUAUUGUUAUUAGACAACUCUAACACUGUAGCCUUAAGUACUACAGUUCUGAUCAAGCUUCUAAAUCACUGCCUCAUGUAAACUUAUUUUCUACUAAGGCUGGGAUUCAGUCAGUCGUACAGAUCAUACAUAUUUUCUUUAUACAUCCCAUUCUCACACUCUUCUAAUUCUGAAAAGUAGAAGCAUGCCUGUGAGGGUUGGUGGCCCUGGUAGUUGUCUUUUUUUUUAACAAUACCCCAAAUCAUUCUUUGUGUCAAUUUGAUCAUAGGAAUAUGAGCUACUGCAAUUCAGGUUUGAUUUGUCUCUUGGCACAGACCAAACAGUGAAAUGCAGGUCUUCAUUAUUGGAAUACACCUGCCUGGUUAAACCAGACUUUAACAUUGCAUUCACCAGGUGGAAAUAAAAUAGUUCACUCAGGCCGUUUAUCGUUGAAAAUGUUCUUCAAUUCCUGUCUACUUUAGGGGGCAGCUCUCCCAUUGACGCCAAUGUGAUGGCAGAUGGGUCCAUGAAUUUAGAAAUUUGCAUUUAUCAGAGUAUUUCCUGUAAUACGGUCUGUAACAGCUUAGGUCUGUGUAGCAUACAGUAUAUCCAUCUAAUUAAUAGUCUGGUAUCCCCCUGAUGGCCCGGUCCAUCAAAACUUCAAUGACUACAGUAAAAUGGCAGAUUCUAAAAGUGGAAUUCUCUCUCAGUUAAGUAUUUUAACUAUCUCUAGUGAAGUGUCUCACUUCCUGUUCCUUCGGUGAAAUGAGUGCAAAAAGAAGCCAUGCAAUAUACAAUGUUUAAAUACCUUUUCUGUUCCAAGCAAUGUGAUUGUGACCCUGAUAACCUUUUCCUAGCCACCUUGGAAAUCAAAUAUUUUUAGAAAAUGUAUACAUUUCUGCUGCAAAUGCUUUUCUUGAGGGUUUCUUUUGUAUGUGUAUUGGCGUAUUUUGUAUGUGUCUCACCACCUGUUUGAUGUAGCUCCUGGAGUUUUUCUUCAAAGUGUAAUCAGACUGGGAAGAACACACUUUUAACAAUUUUUGACUGACCUUGUGGAUUAUUUUCCCAGCAUAAAUGUACAUACAGUAGAGUAAAAUAAAACUAUAUACUGACCUAAA